AUGACGGCCCCGGGUAUCAACCAAUUUACGACCGACGAGUAUGUGCUGGCCUACCACGGACCUUUGCUGUAUGAAGCGCGGAUCCUGCUGGCCGAAAAUUGGACCGACAACAAUUCUCUUCAUCCCGGUAACACCGGUCCACACUACCUCAUCCACUACAAGGGCUGGAAACAGACCUGGGACGAGUGGGUACCCGAGCAGCGCCUACUCAAACUCAACGAUGCUGCCUUCUCCCUCCGCCGCAAGCUUCUCGAGGCACAGACCAAGAAGAACCGAUCAACACCUCCAACACUUUCCGGAUCUGGCGCUGCCAUGACGCCCACCAGCCUACCCGGGAGUGCGAAGGGGAAGGAUAAGGGAGAGAGCAGUCUGUUGGGCAAGAAGAGAGUCAGAGAUAGCGGAGUAGAUACGGAGGCGGACUACAUGAAACGGCCGGAGGUCAAGAUCAUCAUCCCUGACAUCCUCAAACUCCAGUUGGUCGACGACUGGGAGAACAUCACAAAGCACAAUCAGCUCGUUUCUUUGCCCCGAACCCCGAAUGUGCGAGAAUUGUUGGAAGAGUAUAGGAAUUAUGUGCAGGAUACGAAGAAAGAUCGGACGGAACGAGCUACCGAACUCCUAUCCGAGAUCAUAUCAGGUAUCACCAUCUACUUUGACAAAGCUCUCGGCAACAACCUGCUCUAUCGGUUCGAGCGGGCGCAGUAUGUCGAGCAGCGUCGGGCGAUCUCUGACAAAGCUAUGAGCGAGAUUUACGGCGCAGAACACCUGUUGCGAUUGUUUGUCAAUUUUGGCCCUUUCAUUGCCUACACAAAUAUCGACACCGAAUCACUGAACAUCCUCCGAGAGUAUAUCAACGACAUCAUGCACUGGAUGAUAAAAGAGCAAAAACGGCUCUUUGUCAAAGAGUACGAGACCACCACGAUGCACUAUCAAAACCUGUCAAGGACAUAG